UAAACAUAUCCUCAACCACUUUCGUCUGGAGGUCAGGGAAGGGAGGACAGUCACGUUCUUGAAAGGAUCAUUUCUUAUACGACAGCAAAAUGUUGGCUAAAAUUUCACCCCUUCUUCGACUUGCCCCACGUCUUCAGCAUGUGAGAGCCAUGGGAGGCCAUGGUGUCCCAGCCCACUGGAAGCCACAGAGACAAGUGUGUGAGGAACAAAGAAACCACAUGAACUUCAUGCCUGUGCCCGAGGGAUCCUGGCAGGAGAACUACAACAAGAGGAACUCCACGUGGAACCUCUUUUUGGCCACUGGUCUGGUGUCUCUGAUUGGAACAUUCACUGUGCUGUGGAAAAGCGGAUGUAUAUACUUCCAUUCAUCACCACCCAUGGUGAACAGCAAGGCCAAAUAGACAUUACCAACAGUUGUAGUUUAGAAAGUUGACCAUUGAUUCUUUGGGUUUCUUUUCUGCCAUCUCACCAAAUUGAUAGGAUACUCUCUGCCUCUACUUUCAGCUAUGGAAGACUGGAUGUAUAAAACUGCACACGCCACCCCCUAUGUGCAACUGUAAGGGCAAUUAGUUUUUUGUUGAAAAGUUGACUUUGGUUUCGUUUGCAUUCUUCAUUUGCAUUUUUCCUGCAAUUUUUCGGAAGUUGUUAAGGUUAAGCUGCUCAGUUGAUGAAGCAGUGGAUCACUGGACUCGAUGAGCCAUGAAUUUUUGGUGUGUUGUCAGUUGACUUAAGUAAAUUCCAGCGUAACCAUGUUCAACCAAGAUGGCAAUUGUCUGCAGUUGCUUCAGACAUUCAACAUCAGUUAAUUGCUGACCUUAGAUGUCUGCUUGACACAAGGGUUUUGUGAUAUGUGGUGAUGUACAGAGUGAUUGUGUCAGAAUGAUGAAAGUUUUGGGGAAUGGUUAACAAGUCCCGAGUAUGGCGAAUGCACAUCUUCGUAUAUAUCAUAGUCAUUAUUAUUACUACUAAAUUAGUAAAUGAAAUUACUCCCAUGAAUUGCUGAAAAGUUUGCUUUCACCAGUGUGAAAAGUUGUUUUUAGUUCAAUAUUCAAUGUUUGGCAUGCAAUUAAAUUUAGUACAUUCUGAAAUGGGUGCAGCGUACUACUUUAAGUACAUGAGAUGGUAGGUGUAUGUGAAUGUGAGCCAUGUAAUUUAAAACGUUGACGUAAUAAACAUUUUUACUGGAA